AUGGUGAGUGUUCCAUUUCUUCCCUUCGAUGCCGCCGGGGCUGGGGGAGCUGUCCGCGGUGCUGCCGACGGGGUAGGGAUGGUGCGGGCAAAGCGCUGGUACCCCAAAAACCACUCAUUUAGUGACCGAGUCCCUGCGGAAUCUAUCCCUGGUGCCGGGAGAGCGGGAUUACGAUGGAGAGAAAACUUGUGGCGGAAAGGAGUAUUAACGUUGCAUGGGAGGGCAAACAGGCGAGCCGUAGCUCCUCGAAAUUCUGCAACACUCCCGUAUCCCGAUUUUCUGGCGCAUGCGUUUCCUGCACGGGGACAAAAAUUCGAUUACGCCGGUCAGAGGGAUAUGAGCAAGCAGCUGGCGAACAACCCCGAAGCGGCGGCUCCCGGACCCGAGGAAGGUUCGGGAGUUGGAAGAAGCGGUCCCGAAAAUGAGACACAAAACCCCCCCGCCGCCUCCAGCCUUCCCCGCUCGCUCUCCGAGCACAGCAAAACCCUUCCCUGCGGAGAAGCCAAACCCAAGGAGCUGGAGAGGACCAAAGUCGGGAUCUGCAAGCUCGGCAGCACCCCGCUGCAAGCCAAUUCCACCCUCCCUGUGGACAGCACCCCCUGCAAGCCGAGCCCCGGGGCAGCGAUCCCGCACUGCAAAAUCCCCGCCCUGCAAAGCACGGACGGGGAUGCUCCCCUGAGCCCUGGGAAGAGCACGCUGGAGCAAAACAACGCCUGGGUGACCUUGAGCCAGAGCACCGUGGUGCUGGGCACGGAUGGCAACACCUCUGUUCUCCCUGGCAGAGUGGAUGGGGAAGACGAUGUGGGGGAUGAAAAUAAAGCCCGAGGGAACUGGUCUAGCAAGCUGGAUUUCAUCCUCUCCAUGGUGGGUUAUGCAGUGGGGCUGGGCAAUGUCUGGAGGUUCCCGUACCUGGCCUUUAAGAAUGGGGGAGGUGCGUUCCUCAUCCCCUAUUUGAUGAUGCUGGCUCUAGCCGGGAUCCCCAUUUUCUUCCUGGAAGUCUCCCUGGGGCAGUUUGCUAGUCAGGGCCCCGUGUCGGUCUGGAAAGCCAUCCCCGCCCUGCAAGGCUGCGGCAUCGCCAUGCUGAUCAUCUCGGUGCUGAUAGCCAUUUAUUACAACAUUAUCCUGUGCUACACGCUCUUCUACCUGUUCGCCUCCUUCGUGCCCGUGCUGCCCUGGGCCUCCUGCGACAACCCCUGGAACACGCCGGACUGUAAAGAUAAAAACAAACUUUUGCUAGAUUCCUGCAUUAUUGGCGACCACCCAAAAAUACAAAUCAAGAACUCUACUUUCUGUAUGAGUGCCUAUCCAAAUCUAACCAUGGUUAACUUCACCAGGGGAGGAAACAAAACAUUUGUCAGUGGGAGUGAAGAAUACUUCAAGUACUUUGUAUUGAAGAUUUCAGCAGGGAUUGAAUAUCCUGGUGAGAUUAGAUGGCCCUUGGCAUUAUCUCUUUUCCUGGCUUGGGUGAUUGUUUAUGCCUCCCUUGCUAAAGGAAUCAAGUCAUCAGGAAAAGUUGUGUACUUCACAGCUACAUUCCCCUACGUGGUGCUCAUCAUCCUCCUCAUAAGAGGAGUAACUCUGCCCGGAGCUGGAGAUGGCAUCUGGUACUUCAUCACCCCCAAGUGGGAGAAGCUGAUUGAUGCUAUGGUUUGGAAGGAUGCUGCCACUCAGAUUUUCUUCUCCUUAUCUGCAGCAUGGGGAGGUCUAAUUACCCUCUCUUCAUACAACAAAUUCCAUAAUAACUGCUACAGGGACACACUGAUUGUCACGUGUACCAACAGUGCCACCAGUAUAUUUGCAGGCUUUGUCAUCUUCUCAGUGAUUGGCUUCAUGGCAAACGAGCUCAAAGUGAACAUUGAAGCUGUGGCAGACCAAGGUCCUGGGAUUGCUUUUGUGGUUUACCCAGAAGCCUUAACUAGGCUGCCCCUCUCUCCCUUCUGGGCUAUAAUAUUCUUUUUGAUGCUUCUAACUCUUGGAUUAGACACGAUGUUUGCCACCAUCGAGACCAUCGUGACCUCUGUGUCAGAUGAAUUCCCCAAGUAUUUGCGCACGCACAAGGCCCUGUUCACUCUGGGCUGCUGCGUGUCCUUCUUCAUCAUGGGCUUUCCUAUGAUCACUCAGGGUGGAAUGUAUAUGUUGCAGCUUGUGGACACUUAUGCAGCCUCUUACUCUCUUGUCAUUAUUGCCAUCUUCGAGCUUGUUGGAGUUUCCUAUAUCUACGGAUUGCAAAGAUUUUGUGAAGAUAUAGAAAUGAUGAUUGGAUUCCAGCCAAGUAAAUUCUGGAGAGUCUGCUGGGCAUUUGUGACCCCAACUAUUUUAACAUUUAUUCUCUGCUUCAGUUUUUACCAGUGGGAGCCCAUGACUUACGGAGCUUACCACUACCCAGGCUGGUCCAUGGUGCUCGGGUGGCUGAUGCUGGCCUGCUCAGUCAUCUGGAUCCCAGUUAUGUUUGUGAUAAAAAUGCACCUAGCCCCAGGAAAAUUUAUUGAGCGGCUGAAGCUGGUGUGCUCCCCCCAGCCCGACUGGGGCCCGUUCCUGGCCAAGCACCGCGGCGAACGGUACAGGAACAUGAUUGACCCGCUGGGAACCUCCUCCCUGGGACUGAAACUGCCCCCCAAGGACAUGGAACUGGGCACCCAGUGCUAAUAAUCAUUACAAAAGGGUGGCAAUAACAUUGUCCACCUUUUCUGGUUCUUUUCCCCCAUUUUUUCUUUUAUACCCACCGCUUCUUCUUUUCUUUCCUGCGGUGCCUGAAAGUGGCAGCUUAGGAAAGAGGAUUUAUUGUUGCAUGCCACAGGGGAGGCCUAACUAGACCACUUUCAGGUGUAGGUGAUGCCUGUUCCGUGUUCUGUACCUGGUGCCACAGCAAAAGUGUGGGACAGGUGACGUGACCAGGCGUUGUCAGGUGAUGUAGGAAUGAACAAAACCAAACCAAAAAAUCUUUAGAUGAAAUGACCCACUUAGUUUGGCCCACUUCCCACAAGCACCCUUUGUAACAGGCAGCUCUGGUGGGACUAGGAUUUUGCUACCAGUGUGUUCCAAGAA